AUGAGGCCUACGUACUCGAAUAUCACGGAAAUGCACAAUAUGAUCGUGCUGUGCAAACGAUCGAAAUCCGUGAAAAACGCCGGCAAGUAUUUGCACCAUAUUUACGGACUGUGGACAACCGAUCCGACGAUCUGGACCAUUAUCGGAUACAGCGUGGUGAUUCCGGUAGUUUCCGCGCUCGGAAUAAUUGGCAACUCUCUCAUUCUCGCGGUCCACCUGAAGGCGAAAACGUUUCUCAAAGCGUCGACAUACACGUACUUAGCAGCUCUCGCGUCUUCGGAUCUCGUCACCUGUUUUCUGCUCCUCUUCUCCGGUCUGGCCAGGGGCGUUUUCCGAUGCCACAGGGGAUGGCUGGAGUUCGACGUGUUCGUACACUUUCCGAUCGGCUCGAUCACCUCGAACAUCACGGUCUGGGCCGCGCUGGGUGUAAGCAUCGACAGAUUGAUAGUAGUCUGCAGUAUGCCGAGAUGCAAACCGCCCAAGUUCUGCACUCAGCAAGUUGCGCGCAAGCUAAUGACUUUCGCCUCCUGCUUCGCCAUUCUGAUCAAUAUACCGUAUUGCUUCAUGUACAAGUACAACGAACACGGCGAUCUGGUGACGACCGAUUUUUUUCACUCGCGAUGGUACUAUCUUCAGAACUGGUUUCAAUUUGUAACGUUCGGCCUGAUACCGGCCGCUUUCCUGUGCGUCGCAAACGGUAUUAUGCUGUUCUCGGUGAGAAAAGCUCUCAGGCAGCGAGAGGAGUUGCUGAGGAGUAAAAAUAUACGCGAAGGAAAUAUUUUGCAGGCUCAAGCGCGGCUUACGAUCAUGCUGGUCGGCAUUGUUUUCCUGUUCCUCGUGGGCGAGCUGCCAACCCAUUUGGCAUCCCGCCGCAGUGCCGUGUCUUUGCUUUACGGUGGCGAUCCCUUCAAAGUUCAAGAGGCCUUCAUGGAAGCGUGA